AUUUCUGAAUGAUCAAGACCAGCAGGACUGACCUCAGGGGUUUGCAGGAUUUUUCUUUCACACUUGAGGCAGGCCUCUGUCACAUUUUGGAAUUUGUCUGGCCCACGGAUUACACAUUGAGUUUUCAUGAGAGAGCUUUCUCAGCCAGAGCUGCUGCUGCAAGUGAAGAAUGCAGUCCAUCAGAGAGCUGAAGUCCAACUUCAGUGGCCCUCCUCCCACUGCCAUCACUGGAGCCCCUGAUGCUUAUCUUCAGGGUAACAUCAGGAUGACUCUGGAGGAUCCCAACCUCUGGAGAACAUUCCAUGAAAUUGGAACUGAAAUGAUUAUCACAAAGCCAGGCAGGAGGAUGUUUCCACACUGUAAAGUUAGCCUUUCAGGCCUCAUUCCAUGCGCCAAGUACAUCUUGCUGGUUGAUAUGGUCCCUGAGGAUGGCUUUCGCUACAAAUGGAACAAAGAUAAAUGGGAGGUGGCAGGAAAAGCAGAGCCUCAACCUCCCUGCAGGACCUACGUCCACCCAGACUCCCCAGCUCCUGGGAGCCACUGGAUGAAGCAGAGCAUCUCCUUUCUUAAGCUGAAGCUCACCAAUAACACGCUCGACCAGCACGGUCAUAUCAUUUUGCACUCGAUGCAUCGAUACCAUCCACGCUUCCACGUCGUCCAGGCAGAUGACCUGUUCAGUGUCCGCUGGAGUGUCUUCCAAAUGUUCACCUUCCCAGAGACGUCCUUCACUGCAGUUACCGCCUACCAGAACACCAAAAUUACCAAACUGAAGAUUGAUCAUAACCCCUUUGCAAAGGGUUUCAGAGAUGAGGGAACCAACAAAAAGAGACGUGCAAACAAACAUCUCACCUGUUCGGAUAAAAGAGAAAAGAGGACAGAGAUUUCAAACAAUGAUUCCAAGCAGGACAGCUCACCAGAUUUCUGUACGUCGUCCUAUGACAGUUAUGAUGGAGAAGAUCAGUCCAAAAGGAAGGAGGAGGAUGUUAAGGAGGAGCGUUACUCACCAUGGGGGGCUGAGAGGGAGCAGAUUAUGAGGACAGACUCUCCCGUGUGUGUGGAUGCAAGAGACAUGUACAGCAAUGAGCAGCUUGUUCCUGCUCCAGCUUCCUUCCAGGCCUGCAGGGUGCAUGAGUAUGGGAAAUCUCCAUCCUCCUCCCCCAGCUCAGGCAGCAGAUCAGGAAGAAACAGCUUUGGACCCAGGGCUCCUGACGUCGCCACUGUCCCUGACCACCAGUCCUCAAAGUCUCGCGUGCAUGAAGCCGGUCCCUCUCACUGCGCCCCUCAACACCACCUCCCAGGCCCUCAGGAUUAUACUGGGGUGCUCAACAUGACUGUGGGCCAGGCCAGCAAGCCAGGGGUGAUUGGACACCACAUUUACAGCCCCUACGGUUCAGAGCAGCCGCUCGGCCAGUGGGGCGGCCCCGGACCAGCUCAGUAUCCCCCUCCUCCCCAUCUGACUGCUGACUACAGCUCACAAGCUGUGCACCACGGCUAUCACCAUGGCAAUGUAGCAGAGUGGAGUCAAUACCCACUGUUCUCUUAUUCCUGCUGGUGAAGUUAACAGUGUUGAGACUCUGGAUGAAGCAGUGCUCUCAUGUCUGGGAGUGCAUGUCCAAACACGACUGAGAGCAGGAUGAUUUCCUUUAUGCUGAUUUAAGAUAACCUGUGCAAAACUCAUUGUUUUAUAAUUGUCUAUUUAUUUUUUAUUUCGUCUUACCUCUCAGCAAAAAAAAAUAUUUUUGUAAAGAGAAAAAAGGUGCAAUGUAUGUCUGUGUGAAUUGUGAUGUGAAAAUAAUAAAAACAUGAAGGUUAUUUUCUGCUUACAUGGGAGUAUUUAUUAUGUUACCCUCUCAGGAAUAUGGUUCACACAUUUUCUCUGUUAUUUGGACCACACGUAUUUAAUUUUUCAAGUGAAGAAUAUUAUAUUUUAUUAUAUACAUUUUGUUGUAGUGAGACGCAGACUGGCAUGACAAUCACGACUCCUGAAGAGUUUUGUUUGUAUUUCCACAAAUUGGGGGCCACUCGGGUCUUAACAAGCCCAGCAUGCAUUAAAGACGGUGUGUUACUGUGACUCCGGCUCACAUGCUGGGGUUUACCUACAGGCACAUAAAGAGCUGGACAGCCCUCAUUCUCCAUGUCAAUAGGCCUUAAGCAGCAUGAAAAUGGGGGCUGUUGGUUUCUUUUGACAUCUAAAAACACAGGCAGACAGACCUGUCGCCCUGAGUGGAUAUGAGCUGCUAAUGACUGUUGCAACACUGGGGGAGGCGCUUCCUCGAGGAGCAAUCUAGUUUUAUUGUGGGUUUUUACUCAGUGCUAUUCAUUAUCUUGCCAAAACAUCAACCUUCCAACUUCCUCAGUUUACAAGCAUUAGCUAUUAUUGCAGCUUAGAAAGAAUUAUUCACUUGAGUAAAUCUUGGCUCACAGUAUAUGGAAACUGGGGAAGCACAGUAACAUUUGUAAAACAAAUAAGAAAUAAAUCAAUAUUUUUUUCAACUUUUUAUGUUGAAAAGAUGUUUUUCCCUUUAUUUCUUUUCAUUUUCAUAAAAACGAUCUUAUACCUGGGAAAUGAAAGGGAACAGAAGAAUAAAACUGGUUUUCUGCCCCUUUUACAUUCUUGGAAAAAAAAAAGAGUGACAAAUAUAUUUAAAAAGGUAUGUAUCUAAACAUACACACGCCUGCUUGUGGUUUACAAAGAAGAAUUACAUGUAAUAGUACACAGACACUGGCAGGUUUGGAUCUUAUUUGUAAAUUUGGGUACCUGGAAUUAAUCAACAAGGUUGAUUGAUUGUAUUUUAGUUGCAAUUAUUUUCCAGCAAUUUAGUUUCUUGUAUUGUUUUUAGAUUGUUUUAUAUCUUGACUUCUUGAAUUGAAACAUAUUUUUUUAUCUGAACUUUGGCAAUGUUAAAGUCUAAUAUCCUUUUAAAUCUUCUUUGUAUGUGGCAGAUUAUUCUGAUGUGCUUCAUGCAUUACUCCUAAAAUACCUUGAUCAACUACAUCUUUAAAUGUUAAUAUUUUUUAUUUGCUGAAUGAUGGAUUAAAUGAUGUAAACACUGCCAGAGAUAAUCUUUCAUCUUUGUCACCUUUUUUGUUUCUAGUUUAACGUCUUAUAUUGCCAUUUGAUGGUCUUUGCACAAAUCCUGACAGUUUUGAGGUCGUCUGUGGUUUUUCUUCUGAAUCCUUACAGCCUAUUAGAAAACACCCGGCAGAAACAGAACCAUCUCAGAGGACAGAUCUCCAUCCACCACUUGUUUGUUCCCUAUUGAUUUUUAUUGAGCUCUUCCUCUUCAGCACAGCAGGAG